AUGUCUCAAAAUCGAUCGAGAAGUCCUUCGUUGAAUCGACACAAUGACGACACUCAGACACAACAUACCACACUAAAACAAGAGACGAGAGAUAGCAUGGAUAAGAAUGUGGCGCUUGACAGUUAUGAGAUGCAGGACAGCAGGUCGCAAAGUCCGUUGCCUCGAAGCUCGCAGACUUCGGACAAGAAGAUCAUGGAAGAAAAACUACAGCCUGAGGACGACGAGAUCGAGUAUCCUCAUGGUAUCAAGCUGGCCAUCAUAUCUGCAUCGUUAUGUUUGGCAGUGUUUUUGAUGGCUCUGGACAACACGAUCAUUGCGACGGCUAUACCUAAGAUAACGGAUCAAUUCAAGUCGCUCGAUGAUAUUGGCUGGUAUGCCUCAUCCUAUCUACUUACAACUUGCGCGCUGCAGCUAUUCUUCGGCAAGAUCUACACAUUCUAUUCCAUCAAAUGGACUUUUCUGGUAUCUAUUGGUAUUUUUGAGGUUGGCUCAGCAAUUUGCGGUGCCGCUCCUUCAUCAACCGCUUUGAUCAUUGGUCGAGCCGUUGCAGGUGUUGGUUCUGCUGGUCUCUUUGGUGGUGCUCUAACCAUUAUUGCCUACACUGUGCCAAUGAGCAAGCGCCCUGCUUAUACGGGCAUAAUAGGAGCAAUGUACGGCAUUGCUUCAGUUGCUGGACCUUUGUUGGGCGGUGCUUUCACAGAUGGUCCUGGCUGGAGAUGGUGUUUCUAUAUUAACUUACCUUUAGGCGCCAUUACCUGCCUUGCCAUUGGUCUGCUCUUCAAAUCACCAACCCGAAAGCUCGAGGCAAAAGUGCCUUUUACGCAACGUGUAAAACAGCUUGAUCUUGUUGGAACGUCUCUUUUCAUCACUGGUAUCGUUGUCGUCCUUCUUGCAUUACAAUGGGGUGGAACCAAAUAUCCCUGGAGCGACUGGAGAAUCAUCCUCCUAUUCGUCCUUUUCGGUAUCAUCACCAUUGUCUUUAUUGGCCUACAGUGGUACCUCAAGGACAACGCAACACUUCCUUUCCGAAUCAUUUCUCAGAGAAGUGUGGCCGCUGCUUGUGUGUGGGCUUCUCUCCUUGGAGCAGCUUUCUUCAUCCUAAUUUACUGGGUCCCGAUCUGGUUCCAGGCCGUCAAAGGUGCUACAGCUUUCAAAUCUGGAAUAUACUGUCUACCUAUGAUAUUGGCUCUUGUCAUUGCUAACGCCAUUUGUGGUGCUGGCACCACAGUGAUUGGAUACUACAACCCUUUCUACUAUGCCUCUGUUGUGCUAUCUUGUAUUGGUGCUGGACUACUUACAACCUGGACCGUCGACGUCUCAUCUGGAAAGUGGAUCGGCUAUCAAAUCAUUUACGGCUUCGGUGUUGGUUUUGGCAUGCAACAAGCUAUUAUUACAGUACAAGCUGUCCUGCCUCUUAAAGACAUUCCCGUUGGUACAGCCAUGGCCGCCUUCUUCAUGAAUUUUGGCGGCAGUUUGUUCGUCUCUGUCGGUCAGAAUGUGUUUAAUAAUCGACUCACCGCUGAGCUGGCAAAGUUCACCACUGGCAUCGAUCCUUCGAUCAUUAUUCACGUCGGCGCGACGGAGAUAAAACACGUGGUUCCUCCUAGCCAGCUUGAUGGAGUACUGACAGCAUACAACAACUCGCUCACUCAGACGUGGUAUAUUGCUGUUGCCAUGUGCUGUUUGACAGUUUUCCCAGCUAUCUUUGUCGAAUGGAAGAGCGUCAAAGGCAUGAAGGGUCUUGGUGGUGCUGCUUAA